CUGAACUUAUUUGCAGAUUGUGAUCACUCCUAAGCCCAUCAAAAAAAUAUUACAGCAUCAAUCUACGGCUCAGUGGACAGUAGUUAGUGAUUUCUGAUGAAGUUUUCGUUUAGUGUUGAAAUCUUUUACGUAGUAAUAUAAUAAAAUUACUAUGAGAGUGUCAGCAAUGGAGUCGCCGAAAACAAGUUCUCCGCUUCAAAGCGCGAGUUACAGCGUGGCAAAUACCUCUUACAAAUUCUUGGAAACUAUUUGGGGUAAAAACGAACACCAGUUUCUACUGGUUGGCAGUCCACCCGGGCCACGGUCGUGUCAUUUCUCCUCGUCGCACAUCACCAACUUGCUGCCGGAACAUAAUUUUUUCGUUUCUGGCCCUCCAAUCCCGCCGAUUGGACGCAGCAACCUCACCGCGUCGUUUCUCGGAGGCAAGGUUACGUGUCCGCCUUCUCCGCAGAAGUCUCCUUCUUUCUCGUUCAAUCUGGAAAAAAUGACUCAAAUUGCGCGAGAAGCUGCCGUGGAUCUUGCUGCAGGGUCAGCCGGUGCCAUGGUAUCCGUAUACGCCGGCCAACCCUUGGACACCGUCAAAGUCAAGAUGCAGACAUUCCCCGCCAUCCACAGAACGAUGCUGCAGUGCUUCCGUAACACCCUGCACAAGGAAGGCAUUCGGGGGCUCUACGCUGGUACUGUUCCUGCCCUAGCCGCAAAUAUCGCUGAAAAUUCUGUGCUCUUCGCUGCGUACGGCAUGUGCCAGAGAGCUGUUGCUCUGUCCACCGGUGUCAAGGGCCCAGAAGAGUUGUCGAGCCUCGGCAACGCAGCAUCGGGAUUUUUUGCAGCAUUCUUCUCCUCACUGACGCUGUGUCCAACAGAGCUCGUGAAGUGCAGACUUCAGGCAAUGAGGGAACUCCAAGAGAUCACCGGCUGCUCACCGCGCUCUAACAAGAGCCUGGGCCCGUGGACCGUGACUCGCUACAUCCUCUCUACGGAAGGCGUGCCAGGGCUGUUCCGAGGCCUGACCGCAACCUUCGCCAGGGAGAUGCCGGGAUAUUUCUUCUUCUUCGGCGGCUACGAAGCUACACGUACAUUCCUUACCAAAGACGGGCAAACCAAAGACGACAUCGGGCUCCUGAACACAUUCAUUUCUGGCGGCGUGGCGGGCUGUGCGCUGUGGACGGCGAUGUUCCCUACCGACCUCAUCAAGUCCAGAAUCCAAGUGGCCGGCGACACCUCGCCUAUGUGGCGGGUUGCCGUCGACAUUUACCGCACUGAAGGUUUAAUGGCAUUCUACAAUGGAUUGAGGCCAACGUUGAUACGAUCUUUCCCUGCCACGGGACUGUUGCUUGUGACCUACGAGUAUGUCAAGAAAGCCAUGCAGUCACCGGAACCCGCGUAAUUGUCUUAAGUAAUCCGUAGAAACUUUUAUAAUUUAUGAUAAGUGGAAGUGUAACACAGAGUUUAAGAUAGGGUCUCAGAUUUAAUUCUAAACUUCAUUCCGUUCAUGAAAUAGUGCAUUAAAUAAAUGUUAAUUUUAAACAUUUGUUCGACAUUCACGUUGAUUGUAUUGAAUAAAUUAUGUGUGCAAUGGGUAAGCGUUUCAAAAUAUGCGUACUAGUCUCAACAAGUGUAUCCUGCUGCUGCAAUAUGGGAAACGAAAUGUUAUAGCAUGAAAUGUAUGUUUUCAUAUUUUAAAGGAAAAAGAAGUGUCGUAUUUAUCCUCCUCUGUGUUCAUACUUAAGUUAAGCUCUCUCUGCUGCCGUAUGAAUGAACGUGAUGGUGUAUUAUAUAUUAUUUUCAAUAAUAAAAUAAUUUUUAAGAAGCUCCUUUGUAAAAUAAAGUUUAUAAAACUAAGCAUUUGAUAUGAACUACAAGUAAAUGGAUGAUUCGUAACUAAAAUCGUGUUCGUCUUUGUUGUAGGUCUUAGACGGUUAAAGUUGCUUGCGGUUCAUAAUCAUGUGUUUGGACUGAUAUUUAAAUUUUUCUGCGAUUUGAUUAUAUACAAUUAGCCAUGUUGUCAGUUCUGUGCUCUCUGUUGACAUGCACGUCUUUGUCAAGGACCUAUUGAGCUGAGUUUGCUCCUCACUGUAGUAUUGUUAAUAAUCACGGCUGAUAAACAAGAAACGUUUGAUGGCAUUUAUCAUUAUGAUCAUGGUGCCUGCUGAUGCUGUUGAUAAUAUUGUAAUGCUGAGCAUACUUCAACACUUGAUGAAAAAUUAUAAUACAACCCACGUAUGUUCAUAAAUAUUCGUGCCUGUUUGCAACAUUCUUCGAGAGCAAACCAUUCAUAAACAAGACAACAUUCGUGAGUAAAAUGAAUUUUAGAAAGCGAA